CGACUGGAACUGGAGAAUGAGGAUCAAGUUUUCUACAAUCGCUAUGCCCAGCAGUUCAGUCGUCGAUUCACUACUCGUACGGUUGAAGACACGUGGACUCGACUGGCCAAAGCCAAACGAUUUGAUUUGUAG